AUGGAGCUGCGCGGGUACCAGCGCGAAGCCGUGGCCCCAGCCCUGCGUGGCCGCAACAGCAUCGUCUGGCUGCCCACGGGGGCCGGCAAGACCCGCGCGGCCGUCCACGUCUGCUGGAAGCACCUGGAGAGCCGGAGGGACGGCAGGGUGGCCGUGCUGGUCAACAAGGUGCACCUGGUGGAGCAGCACGCCAAGGAGGAGUUCCACGCCCUGCAGGGCGCCUUCAGGGUGACGGCCAUCAGCGGGGACAGCAGCCACAAGUGCUUCUUCAGCCAGGUGGCGAAGCGCAGCGACGUCGUCAUCUGCACGGCCCAGAUCCUGCACAACGCGCUGCUGAGCCGGGAGGAGGACGCGCGGGUGGAGCUGACGGAUUUCUCCCUGCUGGUGAUAGACGAGUGCCACCACACGCACAAGGAGGCCGUCUACAACAAGAUCAUGUUGAAUUACCUCCAGCGCAAGCUCGGCGGGCAGCGGGACCUGCCGCAGAUCCUGGGCCUGACGGCGUCCCCUGGCACCGGGGGGAAAACCUCCUUUGAGGGGGCCGUGGAGCACAUCCUGCAGAUUUGUGCCAACCUGGACACUGAGGUGAUCACGUCGGCGCAGGAGCACGUGCAGCACCUGCAGAGACAAGUGCCCCAGCCCAAGAAGCAGUACGACCUGUGCCAGGAGAGAGCAUGGGACCCCUUCGGCCAGCGGCUGAAGAAGAUGAUGGCGCAGAUCCAGCAGCACAUGGGGACGGCGGGGCUGCCGCAGGACUUCGGCACGCAGACCUACGAGCAGCAGGUGGUGGAGCUGGAGAAGAGAGCGGCGGAGAGGUUUUGUCGCAAGACGCGGGCGUGCGCGCUGCACCUGCGCAAGUACAACGACGCCUUGCUGAUCAACGACACGGUGCGCAUGGUCGACGCCUUCCAGUACCUCCAGCGGUUCUACGCCACGGAGAGGGACAUGAAGGACCCCACCGAGCGCUUCCUGGCCACCACCUUUGAGGAGAACAGGAUGAGCCUGCUGGAGCUCGCUGGGUGCCAGCGCUACGAGAACCCCCAGCUGAGCAAGCUGGAGGAGAUCCUGCGGGAUCACUUCCAGCCCCAAGGCUCUUCUCGGGGCAUCGUCUUCACCAAGACCCGCCAGAGCGCCUACAGCCUGCUCAGCUGGCUGCAGGAUGCGGCCGUGCUGGGCGGGCAGCACAUCAGGGCGGCUGUCCUCACCGGGGCCGGCUACAGCAACCAGACCAGGCACAUGACGCAGAACGAGCAGCAGGACGUGAUCAGGCAGUUCCGCAAAGGAGACCUCAACCUGCUCUUCUCCACCAGCGUGGCCGAGGAGGGCCUGGACAUCCCCGAGUGCAACAUCGUGGUGCGCUACGGGCUGAUGACCAACGAGAUCGCUAUGGUGCAGGCCCGGGGCCGUGCCCGCGCCGAGAACAGCGUGUACUCUGUGGUGGCCAAAGCCAACAGCAGGGAGGUCUCCCGGGAGCUGCUCAACGAGGAGCUGGUGGAGCUCAUGGAGAGGGCCAUCCAGGCGGUGCAGGCCAUGCCCGAGCGCGAGUACCGCCAGAAGAUUGCCGAGCUGCAGCGCAAUGCCGUCAUCGGCUGGCAAGUGAAAGAAGCCAAGAUCAGCGAGAGGCGGCGGCUGCACAACCCGGACGACGUUUGCUUCUACUGCGUCAACUGCAACGUGGCCGUGUGCUGCGGCAGCGACAUCCGCACCGUGGAGGGCAUGCACCACGUGAACAUCAACCCCAACUUCAGGUGUUAUUACACGGUCUCGCUGGGGAAAAUAAGCUUCGCGCGGACGUUCAAGGACUGGGAGCCUGGGUGCCGCGUCUUGUGCAGCGGGUGCAGGCAGGAGUGGGGAAUGGAGAUGAUCUACCAGCACGUCAAGCUGCCCAUCCUCUGCAUCAAAAACUUUGUGGUGGAGACCCCGGAUGAGAAGAGGAGGUACAAGAAGUGGAGCAGCGUGACGUUCCCCAUCAAGGAGUUUGACUACCUCGAGUACUGCUCCAGCACCCAGGAGGACGAGUCCUUCUAGAGCCAGCUCGCUCAGGACUACUCCCAGACCACAGGGACCCUCCCUACCCCCCUCACCAUGGGGCAAUCCCCCCGGGCCCACGCAGACGGGCAGCUGCGCUUGCUCCUCUUUCCCUUUCCAGCCUGAGCCGCUAGAACAACCCUUCCUAGAGCCCGUGGCUGCGGGGGGAGAAGGCUUCGCUGCGCCCAUUUCAGGGCGCGAUCCCUGGAGAGCGGCUGCAGGGUGGUGAUGAAGGACAAGGCACGGGGAUGGAAAAGCUCCCGAGCCCUUGGUGCCCGCUGGCCAGCCGCUCCUGUCCCCGCAGCACGCUGGGGCUGUCCCCACGGCCGGUGCAGGACCCCGCUUAGGGAACCAGGCAUCUGACACGGGGCUGAGACGCACUCCG